GACUUCCCAGCCUGGGGUUCCCCUUCGGGUCACAGACUCUGUGUGCCCGCCAGUAGUGGUUGGUUUCCAACAGCUGCUGCUGGCUCUUCCUCUUGCGGCCUUUUCCUGAAACGGAUUCUUCUUUCGGGGAACAGAAAGCGCCAGCCAUGCAGCCUUGGCACGGAAAGGCCAUGCAGACAGCUUCCGAGGCCGGAGCCACUGCCCCCAAGGCUUCCGCGCGGAAUGCCAGGGGCGCCCCGACGGAUCCCAACGAGUCUCCGGCUGCCCCCGAGGCCGCCCUGCCUAAGGCGGGAAAGUUCGGCCCCGCCAGGAAGUCGGGAUCCCGGCAGAAAAAGAGCGCCCCGGACACCCAGGAGAGGCCGCCCGUCCGCGCAACUGGGGCCCGCGCCAAAAAGGCUCCUCAGCGCGCCCAGGACACGCAGCCGUCUGACGCCACCAGCGCCCCUGGGGCAGAGGGGCUGGAGCCUCCUGCGGCUCGGGAGCCGGCUCUUUCCAGGGCUGGUUCUUGCCGCCAGAGGGGCGCGCGCUGCUCUACGAAGCCAAGACCCCCGCCCGGGCCCUGGGACGUGCCCAGCCCCGGCCUGCCGGUCUCGGCCCCCAUUCUCGUACGGAGAGAUGCGGCGCCUGGGGCCUCGAAGCUACGGGCGGUUUUGGAGAAGUUGAAGCUCAGCCGCGAUGAUAUCUCCACGGCGGCGGGGAUGGUGAAAGGGGUUGUGGACCACCUGCUGCUCAGACUGAAGUGCGACUCCGCGUUCAGAGGCGUCGGGCUGCUGAACACCGGGAGCUACUAUGAGCACGUGAAGAUUUCUGCACCUAAUGAAUUUGAUGUCAUGUUUAAACUGGAAGUCCCCAGAAUUCAACUAGAAGAAUAUUCCAACACUCGUGCAUAUUACUUUGUGAAAUUUAAAAGAAAUCCGAAAGAAAAUCCUCUGAGUCAGUUUUUAGAAGGUGAAAUAUUAUCAGCUUCUAAGAUGCUGUCAAAGUUUAGGAAAAUCAUUAAGGAAGAAAUUAACAACAUUAAAGAUACAGAUGUCAUCAUGAAGAGGAAAAGAGGAGGGAGCCCUGCUGUAACACUUCUUAUUAGUGAAAAAAUAUCUGUGGAUAUAACCCUGGCUUUGGAAUCAAAAAGUAGCUGGCCUGCUAGCACCCAAGAAGGCCUGCGCAUUCAAAACUGGCUUUCAGCAAAAGUUAGGAGGCAACUAAGACUAAAGCCAUUUUACCUUGUACCCAAGCAUGCAAAGGAAGGAAAUGGUUUCCAAGAAGAAACAUGGCGGCUAUCCUUCUCUCACAUCGAAAAGGAAAUUUUGAACAAUCAUGGAAAAUCUAAAACGUGCUGUGAAAACAAAGAAGCGAAAUGUUGCAGGAAAGAUUGUUUAAAACUAAUGAAAUACCUUUUAGAACAGCUGAAAGAAAGGUUUAAAGACAAAAAACAUCUGGAUAAAUUCUCUUCUUAUCAUGUGAAAACUGCCUUCUUUCACGUAUGUACCCAGAACCCUCAAGACAGUCAGUGGGACCGCAAACAGCUGGGCCUCUGCUUUGAUAACUGCGUGACAUACUUUCUUCAGUGCCUUAGGACAGAAAGACUUGAGAAUUAUUUUAUUCCUGAAUUCAAUCUAUUCUCUAGGAACUUAAUUGACAAAAGAAGUAAAGAAUUUCUGACAAAGCAAAUUGAGUAUGAAAGAAACAAUGAGUUUCCAGUUUUUGAUGAAUUUUGAGAUUGUAUUUUUAGAAAGAUCUAAGAACUAGAGUCACCCUAAAUCCUGGAGAAUACAAGAAAAAUUUGAAAAGGGGCCAGACGCUGUGGCUCACACCUGUAAUCCCAGCUCUUUGGAGGCCGAGGCAGGCGGAUCACUUGAGGUCAGGAGUUUGAGAACAGCCUGACCAACAUGGUGAAACUCCAUCUCUACUAAAAAUAUAAAAAUUAGCCGGGCAUGGUGAUGCAUGCCUGUAAUCCCAGCUACUCGGGAGGCUUAGACAUGAGAAUCACUUGAACCCGGGAGGUGGAGGUUGCAGUGAGUCAAGAUGGCACCACUGCACUCCAUCCUGGGUGACAGAGCAAGACUUCCUCUCAAAAAAUAAAUAAAUAAAUAAGAAAAAUAAAUUAGGAAAUUAUUAAAAUAUUUUUUUAGAAAAGCAACAAAAUAACAAAAAUUAGUGACUGUAAUAAUUGGAAUGUUUGAAAUUUGUCACAGCAAUAAUUGACUAAAAUGAAUGUAAAUAAUUAUUCAGUUUUCAGUUUGUUGUAAUAAACUCUAAUCAGUAUAAAGGAUUGACUAUCCUAGGAAAAAGAUUAGUCAAGGAAUAAGAAGCAAAAGUAGUAUUUGAAAUCUAAAAACAUUACCAUGUUUGCUUUAUCAUGCAGGCAAAUAAAUAAAUGACAUUUUCAGGUUGGAAUAAAAAAAGAUAAAGUACAUAUUGCCUUAAUUAAAUUCAUCAAGUACUUACUGAAAAACAGCUCUCCACCGUGCCUGGCCAGGAAAUACAUAAUCUUUUUUUUUUUUUUUUUUUUUUUUUGAGAUAGAGUCUCGCUCUGUCGCCCAGGCUGGAGUCCAGUGGCAUGAUCUUGGCUCACUGCAAGCUCUGCUUCCUGGGUUCACGCCAUUCUCCUGCCUCAGCCUUCCGAGUAGCUGGGACUACAGGUGCCCACCACCACACCUGGCUAAUUUUUUGUAUUUUUAGUAAAGAUGGGGUUUCACCAUGUUAGCCAGGAUGGUCUCGAUCUCCUUACCUUGUGAUUCGCCCGCCUCGGCCUCCCAAAGUGCUGGGAUUACAGGCGUGAGCCACCGCGCCUGGCUGAAAUACAUAAUCUUAAAAGAAAACAUAAGAUACUUUAUUUUAAUAUACGUGACUAAAUGUAAAACCUAACUUAUUUUCUGUUAUCUAUUUAUUUUUACUUUCAGUAACACUUUUUUUAUUUUAGGUAGCAUUCAGCCUAGAGGCAACUGCUGUUUGUUAAAUUUUUCCUGUUCAUAUAUUCUGCACAUUUUCUUAUGGGUUAGUUUUCUUCUCAUUGUUUUGGGAAGUUCUUAAUAUAUUUGGGGUAUUUAUCUUUCAUUUGUUGUCUGUGUAACAAAUAACUUCUGCCAUAUGGGUUGUCUGCACAUUUUUUGGUGUCUUUUAGUAAACAAGGUUUUUUGUUUUGUAUUGUUUUGUUUAUUGUAAAGAUUUUUAAAUUUUAAUGGAGUUGAUUUCUUUUCUCAUUCAAGCUUUUGAGAAUAAAUUGGAGUUGAAUUUUU